AUGGGAGAGGGUCACUGCGCUGAGGUCCUUGUUGCAAGACCGACCCAGCCAUGGAAAGGGAGAGUUGUUCUUUCCAAGACUCAGGCUAAGAACCAGGCCCAGACCCAUGUCAGGUGCAGUCAGAGGGGCAGAGGCAGGACCAAGGCAGGGGUGCCCUUUGCACCCACCUCCAGUCUCCCAGUCCAGCCCCAGACCAAAGACCAGAGCCUAGAGGUCCAGGGCAGGACAGCCAGAGUCAGAUCUYCUAGUGUCGCUGGUCCUGAGGAGACUGAGGGAGAGCAGGCAGUCACAGGAUGGAAGGACCAGGCCUCUACCAAGCCUGGGACUAGUAUUAUGGCCAAGACCAGGGGGCCAGAGGACUCUUUCAAGUCAGGAACCAGCAGGACGGCCAGGGGGCAGGAGGAUGUUCCCAAGCCAGAGACCAACAGCAGUAAGGCCAAGGGGCAGGAGGUUACUAGUGUUUUCUGCCAACAGUACAGCAGCAGGGGGAGAUUGAAGGCAACAUGCAGAACAGAGGUGAAGAGAUUCAGGGGGAAAGAGGCACGGUUGCCACCCUCUUGGGGGGGCCUGGAAGAAGUCACGAGCAGCACCCCCGCCACCACAACAGUGCACUUGGACAUUGUCAACCCUAAAUGCGAGGGUAGAGUGUGUGUCCCAGGAAGUCCUGGAGGUGAACCUGAGACUGAGAGUAGCUCCACUGGUCUAACAAAGGAAGGGCCUGGCAGUCAGAACUCUUUACAGAAAGGCAUCAAGGUGCAGGAUAGAGGGGGCAACAGGGCCUCUCGGAGGAGGAAGGUGCGUUAGGGGCCACUGCAUAGACCAGGUUUGGAGCCUAGGUAUCUGAACAGUAGUGAUGCACAUUGUUUGUGUGUAACAAGGCUAAUAUGAUGCACAUCAUGCCUACUCAAGUCUUGUCUUUCAGAGGACUAACAACUAGAGACCCUGUUCCAGAGGACUAGACUGUGCUGUGUGUGGGCAGCAGCUACUGCCUGUGGCAGAGGGUACAUUUAAUUCCCACAAAUAAACACAUAUCCUUAUGUCAGUAAUCCUCAAUCAAAUCAAAAGUGGAUGUUGUAACUUGUGACCGUGUACCUUAAGUGAGCUGCAGAGCACUGUGUUAUCUGGAGCAGAUAGCCAGGCUUAAAGGCACCAGAGGGUGGGGGGCCACAGCUGCAGGUCCAGCCCAGUGUCCAUGCCUCCCACCCAGACCCCAAUGUCCCCCCUACCACACUGGUGGUAUGGGGGCAUAGCGGCCCUACAGGCCCUCAGAAGCUGUCUUCAGCCUUAC